UUGAGACCGAAUAGGAAUGCACCGUAUGUUUCCGGCUGCGUCGCGCAACCUUGUUUUUAAAAGAGCAUAUGCAAAAGAUAUAGUUUUUGCCGCUAACAGUCGAGCCUUCAUGCUUGCUGGUGUAACGAAGCUCGGAGACACAGUUGCUGUUACUAUGGGCCCUAAAGGCCGCAAUGUUAUAAUUGAACAACCAUAUGGAGGCCCUAAAAUUACCAAGGAUGGUGUUACCGUAGCGAAAGCUAUCGAAUUAGAGAACAAAUACGAAAAUCUGGGUGCCAAGCUCGUACAAGAAGUAGCCAGCAAGACAAACGACGUUGCAGGGGACGGGACGACCACUGCUACUGUUCUUGCUCGGGCCAUCGCUCAGGAAGGCUUUAAAAACGUGGCCGCUGGUCUCAAUCCUUUAGACUUGCGCCGCGGCAUUCAGGCUGCCGUGGAGUGCGUAGUCAAAUCGCUGAAGGACGUUUCAAAGACCGUUACUACUGGAGAGGAGAUCAAGCAGGUUGCCACGAUCUCGGCCAACGGGGAUAAGGAGAUUGGAAUGCUGAUCUCCAAGGCCAUGGAAGCUGUUGGUAAGGACGGCGUUAUUACUGUUAAGGAUGGGAAAACGCUAGAAGAUGAGCUUGAGAUCGCGGAGGGAAUGAAGUUCGACCGCGGCUACAUCUCUCCCUUCUUUAUGACUUCUAACAAAACACAAAAGGCGGAGCUACACAAUGCUCUUGUUCUUCUCUAUCAGAACAAAAUUUCCAGCGUUAGCCAGAUUGUUAAGGCCUCAGAACUUUCUAUCCAAGAGAGAAAGCCCCUCCUUAUUAUCGCAGAGGACGUCGAAGGCGAGGCUCUCAGCACUCUGGUCCUCAAUAAGCUCCGCGGAAACCUCAUUGUCUGCGCCGUAAAAGCUCCGGGCUUUGGUGACAGUAGGAAAGAUAUCCUGGGCGACAUCGCUGUUCUUACCGGCGGAGUCGUAGUGGGCGACGAAGGCUCUGAAGUGGCGCUGGAAGACAUCACCAUCGAGCAACUCGGCGGCGUGGGAGAUGUCACCGUCACCAAAGAUGAUACGCUGAUGUUAAAUGGAUGCGGGACAUGCGAAGCCAUCAAGGCUCGCUGCGAAAUGAUUCGUGCGCAAAUCGACUCCACGACUUCCGAAUACGCUAAAGAAAAGCUUCGAGAAAGAUACGCCAAAUUGACCAAUGGAGUGGCCAUUGUCAACGUCGGGGGCAGCAGCGAAGUUGAGGUCAGCGAAAAGAAGGACAGAGUGACCGAUGCCCUUAACGCCACGCGGGCUGCGGUGGAAGAAGGUAUUGUUCCCGGCGGUGGCACUGCUCUCUUGCGCGCUUCCAAGGCCUUGAAUACCCUGAAGCUCAAUAACUUUGACCAAAACGUCGGCGUGGAUAUCGUUAAGCGCGCUUUACGGGCACCCUGCCAGCAGAUUGCCAAUAACUGCGCUGUGGAAGGCUCGGUGGUGGUGGAUAAAAUAUUAAACAAUGAAUCUUUGACGUACGGAUAUAACGCCGCCACUGGCGAUUUCUGUGACAUGAUGAGCUCCGGGAUUGUAGAUCCGACCAAAGUAGUCCGCACUGCGCUGCAAGACGCCUCUGGAGUUGCCAGCCUCAUGAUCACGACUGGGGCAAUGGUAGUUGAGAUACCAAAAGAAGAUAAGACUGCACCUGCUACUAACGGAGUGGGCGGAAUGGGCGGAAUGGAUGGCGCCAUGGGCUUUUAGACUCUUUUGGUGGUGUCGUGCUCACUAAUAAAUAAAAAUACAGUGUGCCACCAA